UUUAUUCUAUUUCAAGCCUCAAAGCUUCCUUCCCUGCUUUCUUUGCCAAUGAAUUUGGUCUUGAGAGACAAGGAAUAGGUUUUUUAGCCUCCGCCGCACCCCGUCUCAAGUGCAAACGAAAUGCCAGCGCAAAGAAAUCAACGGCAAUUGCAAAGAGUUUGCCGUGACAACAUGUUUACCUGGAAAAAGUCCCGUGGAGUUCUGCAGGCCUCAGCUUCCUGGAAAGAGAUCCCGCUGGGUAAUCUUAAUUAGCUGAGGGCAGGGUAAACAAGAGAUAAAUGUAGGUCAGUAGAACCUUAUUUACUCGGCUAGAAAGUGACUUCAACGCAAACUUUGGCACCCAAUGGCCUCGCGCCUUGGCUGAAAAUUUUUGUCUUUCAAUACGGGAAAGUCCCUGACUUAUAACCGCUCGGUUAGCGACGGUUUGAAGUUACAACGGCGCCGAAAAAAAGGAACUUAACGACCAUUCUUCACACUUACGGCUGUUGCAGCCUCCCCACGCACGCUCACGUGAUCAAAAUUCAGCUGCUCGGCAACUGGCUUGUACUUACGACGGUUGUGUCCCCGGAGGUGUGUGUCACGUGAUCCCCUUUGGCGACUUUCUGUCCAGCAAAGUCAAGAGGGAAGUGAGACUCCUUUAACGGCCACGUUACUGGUUUUACAACUGCAGUGAUUCACUUACAGGCCGUGCCAUGGCUGACUCCGAUUCGUUAGGAAUUGCUGAAAUGGUGAAACGGGUAUCUGAGCAACAAAAUACACAGGCUUCUGAAAUACAAAAAAGCAAGGAGGUGCUCACACAACUGCAGGCUCAGCUUCAGGAUCUUGAGAUCCAGAGGAACACCACUGUAGCCGAAAAAAAGGCCAUUGAAAGGCAGACGUAUUUCUCCGAGGAAGCCAUAGCAACCACCAGACGCCACUGCGAAGAUCUGGAGUCUCAAAUCUCAGCCUUGCACGCCGAGAACGGGAAGCUGAUUCGGGAUACCGAAGCUCUAGAAGAAGAGUUUGAAAUGAAGCUUUUAGGAAACCGGGCUUACUAUGAGAAAAUGGCCACUCACCGAAACCGGUUGGAGGAAGCAGAAAGUAAAUUGCCUUUUGUAGUGGCGCUAAAGACAAAAAGGGACACCAUCCAGCAACUGAUGGGGCAGAAGAAAGAGCUAAUGGCUUCUCUUCAGCAAGCAAAAGAACAAGACACGGCUGGCCAAGUCCAGGAUGAAAUCUUGUGUCUGCAAAGUGAAAUAAAGAUUUUGAAAGAGGCUGUGGGUGAAAUGGAGAACGCCGUUCGGGAUGAAAAAAGCAGGCACGCUAAUCUUCAGAAAGAAAUUGAGCUGCAGAACAAGAGAGGCGAAGCGGUUUUCAGGCGUCUGCGUUGCCAAGUUAACAACCUGGAGCUGGAGAGAAGGCAGGGGCGUUUGAAGGUGCAACAGCUGGAAGAGAAAGCCGAAGAAUUACGAAAGCUUUGGCAAGCCACAGAUGAGUAAACUCAUUCAAGGAGAUCAGCUCCUCUUUUCAGGGAAAGAACCGGUUAAUGUUUUUUUUUCCGUUCAUCAAACGUCUGUCAUCCCUAGUUGCCUUACCUUUGCAGUUGUAUUGUUUUUCCUGGCUGUUCUCAACCUCUAGUAACUAA